GUACUUAUCGACUGUACGGCUUCUAAUGUCGUAUCGGCCGCUUAUUUGGACUUUAUGCGGGCGGGGCUGCACAUCGUCACUCCCAAUAAGAAGUGCGGGGCGGGUGAGAAACUGUUCAACGCCAAUUAUGAUGAAAUUGUACGACAUGUGUACGGUAUGCAGGCGACUGUGGGCGCGGGCCUGCCCAUCAUCUCCACGCUGCAAGGGUUGUUGGAAACCGGCGACCGGGUUAUUCGAAUUGAGGGUAUUUUGUCGGGAACGCUGUCGUACAUCUUUAACACGUACAAGCCCGGAAUGAAGUUCAGCGAUGUGGUGUACGACGCCAAAACCCGGGGUUACACGGAGCCCGACCCACGGGACGAUCUGUCUGGUCUGGAUGUCGCUCGCAAGGUGGUUAUUCUGGCUCGCGAGUGCGGAUGUGAAGUGGAGCUGGGGGACUUGGAAGUGGAGAGUUUGGUUCCGGAGCCGCUCCGGGGGCCGACAGUACGGGUGGAGGAGUAUUUGAAGCAGCUGCCACUGUACGACGACGCGAUGGCAUCUCGGUCUUCGGAGGCUGCUGCCAGUGGUGGUGUGAUCCGUUAUGUGGGUUGUGUGGAUGUGGAGACUGGCAGCGCGGGAGUGACGUUGAAAACCUACUCCGCCUCUCAUCCCUUUGCCCAGCUAUCCGGUUCCGAUAACCUGGUAGUGUUUACGACGGAGAGGUACCUGGAGCGACCUCUCAUCGUGCGGGGACCAGGAGCGGGGCCGGAGGUCACGGCGGGGGGGGUCUUCGUGGACCUGCUGCAGGUA